AUGUCCGACGUUAGGGGAACAUCACGGGACCGCCGCGAUGUGGACGCUGAGGUGCAGGCACAGGCCCAGGUGGUCGCCGAGCACCUUCCGACGGGGUAUACGGCCGAGUUCCACAGCGAUGAUGGCGCCACGCCGGGGUCGGCAACAACAGCAUCCGCGACGACCCCGGUGACCGAAGGGCAGGAAACUCCGGAGUCUUCGUUGAAACUGCAGGGCGGCGAUAUCCACCGGGAUCUGUUCAAGCUCCCCGCGGCGACGCGUUCGCAGAUGCACCGGCGCGCCGCGACAUUCCAUAACCCACGGGAGUUUCACCAGGACGAGGACGCACCCGGGCUGACAGUUGGGGACCAACUUGCUCCGGGCGGGUUUCGCAGGGCGUUUUUGCACCAAAGGCACGGGAAUGACUUUGUGGCGGCUCGACUGCCCAUUACGCGCAACUUUGUCGAGUUUUUGGAUCUGUACGGCAGUUUCGCCGGUGAAGAUCUUGUCGACACGGAUGAGGAGGCCAUUACGGAGGAGGAAGAGGCGGGGGAAGGGGAAGACGAAGAAGCCGGGGCGGGUGAACGGCGGCCGCUCCUUCGACCCAGGGCGAGCUCUCGAGCGCCACGGAACGCGGACGCGGGCACGGUCAAGACGUUCUUCACGCUACUUAAGGCGUUUGUGGGGACGGGAAUCAUGUUUCUGCCCAAGGCGUUCAACAAUGGCGGGAUUCUCUUCUCCAGCAUCGCCAUGAUCUACGUGUCGGCCAUCACCAUGGUGGCCUUCCACCUACUGUUGCAGUGCAAACUGCACUACGGCGGUGGUUAUGGUGAGAUCGGUAACGCCAUUGCCGGCCCUCGGAUGCGCGCGUUGGUACUGUUUUCCAUCGCGCUGUCCCAGAUCGGCUUCGUCUGCGCUGGCAUUGUGUUCGUUGCCGAAAAUCUCAUGACCUUCUUUCACGCCGUCACCGGCGGCCACAGCCCCUUCACCUCGGCCGGGCUCAUCGCGAUGCAGGUCGUCGUCCUGGUUCCAUUGGCUUGGAUCCGCAACAUCUCUAAGCUCGGGCCGAUCGCUUUGUUAGCCGACGCUUGCAUCCUCAUUGGCGUCGGGUACAUCUACUGGUACACUACGUCCUCACUAACCACAGUCGGCCCGGAUCCCACCGUCGUGCUCUUCAAUCCCGCCCACUACACCAUGACGAUUGGCGCCGCCAUCUUCACUUUCGAAGGCAUCGGCUUGAUCUUACCCAUCCAGUCAUCCAUGGCGCAGCCGGAACACUUUGAGCCGCUCCUUGGUGUGGUCAUGCUGCUGAUCACCGUCGUCUUCACCUCAGUCGGCGCGGUAUGCUAUGCCACGUUUGGCGAACACACCCAAAUCGAGAUCAUCAACAACUUCCCCCAAGACAGCGCGCUGGUGAAUACCGUACAGGUGCUGUACGCCAUCGCCGUGCUCGCCGGCACGCCCGUGCAACUGUUCCCAGCGCUGCGUAUCGUCGAGGGCAAGAUCUUUGGUCACAUGCGCUCGGGCAAGGGGAGUUUGCGGACGAAAUGGACCAAGAAUGCGUUUCGGUUCGGGGUCGUCGUCUUUUGUGGGCUGGUGUCGGUGGCCGGCACGGGGAAUCUGGAUCGGUUUGUCGCGUUGAUUGGGAGUGUGGCGUGUGUGCCGUUGGUGUAUGUGUACCCAGCGUAUCUGCACUGGAAAGGCGUGGCAACGAAGAGGUGGGUGAAGUGGGGGGAUAUCGCGCUGAUGGUACUAGGGAUGGUGGGUAUGGUGUAUACGUCGACCGUGACGAUUGUGAACAGCUUUUUGUGA